AUUUGCUGGGGGCGCUGAAGAGAUGGAAACGGGAAUCAAGAUAAAAUAAACCUGUUAAAGGCUUGGAGUGUCAAUAGGCACCACCUAUACGUUCAAUCCUGUUGCCUCUGGUUGUGGAAUUUUCGAGGACUGUUCAUGCCGUGGGUGGGUAGCUCUACAGAACCUAUACCUAGGCAAUCAGGGUUAGGGUCAUCCCAUGGUCUGCACAGACCACUCAACAAGCUGCUGGGAGCUUGAGCUCCACCAUAUCAAGCAACCAGCAAGGUUCCCGCAUCCUCUGUCCGUCAACAACUUGCCCGGCGCAACAUUCCUGACAUUCACCAUUGCCCCAACACACAAGCCACAAGCUCAACGGCAAUUCGGCAACGAAGAUGCAACCAUGGCGUUAACAUGGCGAUCCUUCGACUUCUUUGACGCAACCCAGAUCGAACUAGCCAGCGACGACGAACACAACACGCGCGCCGCCUUUGAGAGCAACGACAUCUCGUCCGUCUGCUCCGGCUCCGACAGCCUCUUCCUGGGGGGCCAUGACGGUACCGUGCGCAUCGUCGGCCCCAGCUGGAAGGUCGUGCGCAGUUUCCCUGCCUUUGACGAACAUGCAGGCGUGGGCGGGGGCGGGAGGAGCAUCACGCAUAUGCGCCAAGUUGAAGGGACGAGUUUGUUAGUCACCGUUGCGGAAGCUGUUGGUGGUGCCGCGGGCGGCGACGCGAAUGCGCAGCCUGUGUUGAAGGUCUGGGCGCUGGACAAGCCCAUCAAAAAGACGGGGAUUCCAACCUGUUUGAGCACGGUCGCGAUCAACAAUGGGAAGAAGCCCUUUCCGAUAUCGGCCUUUGCGGUAACCGAGGACCUGACGCAGGUUGCGGUUGGGUUCGCCAACGGCGCCGUCACCGUCAUCCGCGGCGACCUGGUCAACGACCUUGGCACGAAACAGCGCAUCAUCUACGAGUCGGACGAGCCCAUCACCGGCGUGGAACUGCAUGUCGACGCCGGAUUGACCGCGCUGUUCGUUGCGACGACAUCGCGAAUACUGAAGCUAGUCAUCUCGGGAAAGGGGCAUGGGCAGCCGCCCAAAACGGUCGAGGAUACGGGCUGCGGCGUUGGCUGCAUGGCCGUAGACAAGAAGACGGGGAAUAUUGUCAUCGCCAGGGAGGAUGCCAUCUACUACUACACGCUCGACGGCAGGGGUGCGCCAACCGCAUACGAGGCUCCGAAGAAGCUGAUUUCGGUCUACCAAGACUACAUUGCCUUGGUAUCUCCGCCAACGCCGGCAGGGGAGGCGGACACAAUAAGACGGCGGUUCUGGGGUGCUUCGGCCGACAGCAUCUACACCUUCACCUUGAUACAUCCGGACCUCCGGAUCAUCGCGCACAGCGAGACGGUGCUAUCGGACGUGAAGCACAUCUUCCAGUUGUGGGGUGACCUGUACAUGCUCACACAGGAGGGCAAGGUUUUUCGAUAUCACGAGAAAUCGCUUCAACAACGAUUGGAGAUGAUGCACCAGCGGAACCUCUACACCCUUGCCGUCGACCUCGCACAAAGAUGCGGCAUGGAUGCGCAACAGCAAAACGUCAUCUACCGCAAGUACGGCGACUACCUCUACCAAAAGGGCGACUACGACGGCGCCAUGAACCAGUACAUCAAGGCCAUUGACAGCACGGAGCCGUCGCAGGUGAUCAGAAAGUUCUUGGACACACAGAGGAUACACAACCUAAUCGAGUAUCUGGAGGAGCUCCAUGAGCAUCACAAGGCAACGUCAGACCACACCACGCUUCUUCUCAACUGCUAUGCAAAGCUUAAAGAUAUUGAUAAGCUGGAGAACUUCAUCAAGUCACCGGGAGACCUCAAGUUCGACUUGGAUACAGCCAUUUCCAUGUGUCGACAGGGUGGCUAUUAUGAGCAAGCCGCAUACCUCGCCAAGAAGCAUGGGGAGCAUGACCUGGUUGUCGAUAUUCUGAUCGAGGAUUCCAAGGCCUACGAUGAAGCACUCGACUACAUCUGGCGCUUGGACCCAGAUACUGCGUAUCCCUGUCUGAUGAAAUAUGCCCGGGUCCUCAUCGAGCACUGCCCCCCAGACGCGACACAAUUUUUCAUCGACUACUACACGGGACGGUUUAGGCCCAGGGUAGAUCUCCCGGCGCCAAAUGUCCAGCCUACCACCAACGGGGGGUUUGUCGUCGGGGCUGCCAAUGCCGUCCAAAAUCUCAGCCACUUAUUACCCCUGCCUUACAUGAACACGAGCGCGGUAACGCAACAGUCAGUCGCAGCUAAGCCAACAGUCGGCGAUCUUGCCGUCAAGCAAGAAGCAGCAGCACCACCAGAAUACACCCCACCACGCCCCCGGACGGCCUUCUCCUCCUUCAUCGACCAUCCUGACGAGUUCAUUGUCUUUCUCGAAGCAUGUCUUAAAGAGGACAGCAUCUCCGACGUCGACCGGACAGAUCUCUCCACAACACUAUUCGAGAUGUACCUCCACAAGUCCAACGAAAAGAAGGGCGACGACCAGCACCGCCAAGAGUGGGAACAACGUGCCAAAGCCCUGAUCGACAGCAGAGCCCAACUCAGCACCGCUGCCACGACAAAACCGCAGAUUGAAAACUCUAACGUCCUCCUCCUGUCCCACCUCUCCGACUUCCGCGAUGGCACCACCCUGGUCAAGGAACAAUCGGGCCUUCUCUUCGACAUCUUCCGCUCCUACACGUCAGCCAAAGACACGCGCGGCGCCCUCAAAGCCUUGCGCAAAUACGGCCCCGAAGAGCCCCAGCUCUACCCGGCCGCGCUGUCCUACCUCACCUCGGACCCCCGCGUUCUAGAAGAAGCUGGGCGGGACGAGCUUGCCGCCGUGCUCGAGCGCAUCGAUCGCGACGGCUUGAUGGCGCCGCUGCAGGUGGUGCAGACGCUUUCCCAGAACAGCGUCGCCAGCAUGGGCAUGUUGAAGCCCUACCUCGCGCGCCGCAUCGAGCGCGAGAGGAAGGAGAUUGCUGAGAAUCGGAGGCUGGCGGCGCAGUUCCGGGCCGAGACCGAGACGAAGAGGGCCGAGAUUAGGGAUUUGGGGACCAAGCCGGCUGUAUUCCAGGCUACGCGAUGUGCGCAGUGUAUGGGCGGACUGGAGUUGCCGGCGGUGCAUUUCUUGUGUAAGCACAGUUUUCAUCAGAGGUGUUUGAGGGGUGGGGGAGGGGGUGGAGGGGGUACUGGUGAGGGGGAUGAGUGCCCCGUCUGUGCGAGGGAAAAUGCCACGAUCAGAGCGCUCAAGAAGAGCCAGGAGGAGAAUGCCGAGCGACAUGAGCUGUUCAGAGAUGAUUUGGAGAUGAGUGAGGAUCGCUUUAGGACUAUCUCGGAGUGGUUUGGACGGGGAGUGAUGAGUGUGCCGAGUGUGGAGUGAUGUGGAACUCCUAGGUGGGCGUCGGAUGCAUUAUCGGGUCUUGUCUAUGUAUAGCUGGAUGAAUGGGGGUAUCAUAGAUCAAUGGUUUCUGUUGAGAAAUCUGCCGACCGCUGUGUCGGAGAUUGUCUGUACGACCGCGUCGGCCACUGCG